AUGUCUACAGAGGAUGUAGUUCCUAAGACGUUCCACGCUUUAGUGGAAAGCGCCGAACGGAAAUUCGCCCGGCUUCGUGAUGUCCCACUGCAUCCCUACGGUGGCAGUGACAUGGAAAAUGGCCACUUCUUCCACAAAGCGUUUAAGGCUUACAUGCGGCUCUGGAAGUACCAGCAGAAGAACCGGGAUAAAUUGGUGGAGUCGGGGCUUCGCCGUUGGGAAAUUGGGGAGAUCUCAUCCCGGAUUGGCCAGCUCUACUUCAGCCAGUACCUGAGGACGAGCGAGGCUCGGUUCCUGUUCGAAUCGUACAUAUUUUACGAGGCCAUUUUUAACAGGAAAUAUUUUGAGGGUUCGAGCAGGGAUCGUGGGGUUAGGUUCAAGGAGUUGAGGUUUUACGCGAGGUUUUUGAUGGUUUCUUUGAUCUUGAACCAUAAAGAAAUGGUGAAGUUGCUUGUGGAAAAGUUCACGGAACUUGUUGAAGACAGUAAAGCCAAUUUCCGGGGAACCAACUUCAAAGAAUGGAAGCUGGUGGUGCAAGAAAUUGUUCAAUUUACAAGAGCUGAUUCAGCCAUCUUGAACAUUAAGCCUCUGCGUUACUGUGCCAUGUUUGAUUCCUAUCCAGCCUCACUCCCAUAUGUUUCCAGAUUCCAUGCUAAGAGACUUUUAAAAUUCCAAGAUGCUGUGCUGACAAGCUAUCACAAAAAUGAGGUAAAAUUUGCAGAACUGACUUUAGACACUUUCAGAAUGCUACAAUGUUUGGAAUGGGAACCUAGUGGAUCUUUCUAUCAAAAGCAUCCCGUUGAAUCAAGAGAGAAUGGUAAUAUGUCCGAUCAAUCAGUUGUUUCAGGACUGAUAGACAUCAAUUUAGUGGCAGAUAUGGUAGAUCCAACUUUGCCAUCAAAUCCUAAAAAAGCUGUUCUCUACCGUCCAUCUGCGACACAGUUGAUAUCUGUGAUUGCCACAGUCUGUGAGGGGCUUCCUCCUGAUAGUGUUAUGCUAAUAUACUUGUCAGCACCAGGAGACACUGGUACCAAUAAUACUUCAGAAAUCAAAAGCUUUGGUGUAUCAAGCAAGUGUGCCAAGUCCAAUGAUCCUUCCUAUAAUCAUCAUGCACAGAACAAUGGUCAGUGUCAAAAUCAUGUCACUAUGAAUGGAGACUCAAGUCAGUGUUUUGAGAAUUAUUUGUGGUUAGGUCCCAACAAAAAUGGAGGUUCAAAUUUCCUCUAUCCCGGUGAUAUAAUUCCUUUUACCAGAAGACCUACUUUUAUGAUUAUAGAUAGUGAUAACAGCCAUGUAUUCAAGGUUCUACAUGGAGCUGAAAGGGGUGAACCUGCUGCUUUGUUUCUUUCUCCUCAAAGGCCUUCAUUCAAGGAUCCAAGUGACACUGAUAUGGCACAAAAUGGAAGUCAGUUCACUUUCUUCUUGACCGUUCCUUUACAGGCUUUCUGCCAAUUGGUUGGUUUCAACUUGUCUAUCGAUGUCCUGGACAUGUACAAUGCUUUGGAGAAUAUUAUCUCUACUGCAUUCUCUGAGUGGGAGAAGAUCCUUUGUACUUCAACUAGCCUGGAUCUGGUUUGGGCUCAACUUUUAUCGGAUCCAUUUCUACGGCGGCUUAUUCUUAGAUUUAUUUUUUGCCGAGCUGUUCUUACUCUCUUUCGCUUGCGAGAAAGUGGCCAUCAAUAUUUGCCUGUUUGCAUACCUGAACUUCCCAGUAUCGUGUCUCCCAAGUCUGAAGCUGUACAAUCUUCUAUAAGCCGACUUGCAAAUCAUCUAGAGGUCGCAGACUGUUUUAGUUUUCAUGAAUAA